UCGUGUCCUUUUUAGACAAGCGUCAGCUUUGUGGGAUCUCUUCUCAAUUUUUGACCAAAUCACACACCGACUGUCUGCUGUUCAUUGGAAGUGGACAUCAACUUGAAGAGGGGCUCAGGGUUUUACCUUGCAUCGGACAAAUAAAACAAAAUGCCUGGACCAGCAGCAAGUGCAACCAAUGUUGGGGCAUCUAGCCGUUCCCCCAGUAAGACGGUGGCUCCCCGUGCAGCAGGCUCCACUGUCAGACAGAGGAAAGCUACCAGCAGUGGUACACGCAGCGGUGGCAGGACCACCGGAUCGGCAGGCACUGGCGGCAUGUGGCGCUUCUACACAGAAGACUCGCCAGGCCUCAAAGUCGGCCCCGUGCCAGUGCUGGUGAUGAGUUUGCUCUUCAUUGCAUCGGUCUUCAUGCUGCACAUCUGGGGGAAAUACACCCGCUCUUAAACUCCACCCGAUGACUUCUGACCCUGCACCUCGUCUUUUUAACACAUUGGACCUGGACCAAACAACAAAUGAACAACAAUCUCACUCCCCUGGUUCCCUUCUGCACUUUCACUACAACACCCACAGACAUACAAGACACACAAACUUGUUUUUUUUUAUUUAACCAUUUCAGUACAUAAUCAUCAUCUGCAUUGAUGUUGGUAUCCAUCCUUUUGCCCUUCCUGUGUUUUUAAGAUCUGAAGGGGUGAACAGGAGGGAGUCAUGCUCACCCAUCUCGGAUGAAAUGUCUUAGUUUGUAUGUGUGUAUGUGGCCCUCCCUCCAAGCAGCAGUAUGUUCCCGCCACUGCUGCAAAAAGGUUCAGUGCAGUACCCAAGGACAUUGAUGUUUUCAGGCCCCUGCAAACAUUUCCUCUCGUAGCCUGAAGUGCAUUUUUUGUUAAAAGCAUUUGUACAAAUGUAAUUGUAAUAUUGUACAAUAAAGAAGUAAAAAUCAA